AUACUCCAAAUCCCGUUAUCCCCCGCGCUCAGAGCUGUGCCAAUGGAGGUGGAGGCGGCCAUGUUGUAGCUGCAAAGCGGCGUCAGCGUCAGAGGGAAUCGAAUCGAAACACACUGGGAGAGUCCCCCCUCAAUCCCUCUCUGCUGACCGCGCGGCUCGGAGGCAUCGGCCCCUUCUUAUUCCUGUUCCCAGAGCCGAGAAGCGGGAGCCACCAUGAGCGGCGGGACGCCUUAUCUGGGUAGUAAGAUCAGCCUGAUCUCCAAGGCCGAGAUUCGCUAUGAAGGGAUCCUGUACACCAUCGACACCGAGAACUCCACCGUGGCCCUUGCUAAAGUCCGCUCCUUUGGUACCGAGGAUCGCCCGACGGACCGGCCCAUUCCUCCGCGAGACGACAUCUUUGAGUACAUCAUCUUCAGGGGCAGCGACAUCAAGGACCUGACGGUGUGUGAGCCGCCCAAACCGACGUGCUCACUCCCCCAGGACCCGGCCAUCGUCCAGUCCUCCAUCAGCACCAGCUCCUCCUCAGCGGCGGCCUCGGCUCCGACUCCCUUCCAGUCCUCUGGCUCCUACGGCCUUUUCAACAGAGCUCCGGCUCCCGCCUACAACCAGUUCAGCACCAGCCCACUGGUCUCGCCCCAGUUUGGACCCGUUGGUGUGGGGCGGUCCACAGUCUUCUUUAUGAACUCCAGUCUGAGCGGUUCUGACUUGCGCUCUGUCGGGACUUUAACUGAAGGCUGCAGCAGUCCCAGUCUGGAAGCUCUCAGGAAGAGUCCCACCCUGGAUCAGGUGAGCCAGAGAGGCCCGUCUGUCCCGGCGUCCACCGCCACGGCUCCAGCCCCCGGUCUGGGACGGAGAAGCCCGGCACACGGCCGCGCCGCGCCGGCGGGUCCGUCUCAGAGCAGCCAGAAGGCCCAGCAGCAGGACGGAGUGGACAAUCUGAGAGGAUCAGACGUCCAGAGCAGAGCUGAGGGCGAUCAGGCGCGAGGAGAAGGCAGGGAGCCCAGUAAACGCUCCACAGCAGGCGGCGGCGGCACGGCGAACCGGCGCGGCCGCGGGGGCGGCCAUCACGGCAGGGGCCGCUUCAACGUGCGCCGAGACGGACCCAUGAAGUUCGAGAAGGACUUUGACUUUGAGAGCGCCAACGCCCAGUUCAACAAGGAGGAGAUCGAGAAGGAGUUCCAGAGCAAGCUGAAGCUGAAAGAUGAGAAGUCGGAGAAAGCGCUGAAUGGAGAGGAUAAGGGAGACUCUGGAGUGGAAACCCAGAACAGUGAAGGCAACAACGAAGACGAGAGCGACCCGCUGGGCCCAAACUGCUACUACGACAAGUCCAAGUCGUUCUUCGACAACAUCUCCUGUGACGACACGAGGAAAGCUGGAGAUAAAUCUGGAGCUUCAGGUUUCCCUCGGGAGCGCCGGCAGACCUGGGCGGAGGAGAGGAGGAUGAACGCAGAAACCUUCGGCAUCCCUCUGCGCCGCGGCCGCGGAGGUUACCGGGGCCGCGGGGGGAUGGGCUUCAGAGGGGGCAGAGGUCGCUCGGCCAGCCGGGGGUCCUUCGGGCCCCCACAGGGCGGCGGCGGCGGUGGCGGCGGCGGUGGCUUCAGGGGAGGAUACCGAGGCAACCAGGCAGGGCGCGAAUUCGCCAACUUACCGUACAGGAAGGACAACAAAGUGGCGGCGUAGUGUCGACAGGAGGAGGCGGCUCUGUCACGCUGGAACUUCCUCCGUGGGAAAACGGCUAGCUUUGGUUCUCUCCUGUCACUAAACUCCCGAAGAUCGUCGUCUCCUCGUCGUUUCUGUCACCAGCACUGGAGUAGACUCUGAAUGCAGCUUAACGUUCCGUCUGUCUCAGACCACCAUGAUAAUGAUGCAUUUUAUUAGAGAAAGCGAUUCCCUCUAAAUGUUCUAGUUCCUCAGCUGUGGUCGCUCUCGUAGCUUUAUCAGGGUUCCUCCUUCAGAGGGCGCUGCAGGCUCUCUAUAACAUGGAUUUUUUUUUUCUACUAUGGCGUUCUCUCGUCCCCCUG